AUGCACGGUGCACGCUCAAUUGCAAAUGGCGGUAAGCCCGGGGGGCAACUGGGCAAGGGGUGGUGAUUUCAGGGCUGCUGAGAGGGAGGGGGCGGGGGGAAUUGCCCUGGGCUCCCACCUUAAUAGGGCCUCAACUUGAGAGCAAUCUGAGCCUAAAAUUGAGUAGGAUCUUUAAAAUGGUGAGAGCAUUUUUGAAAUUGAGGGCCCUCUUACAGUAACUCCACAUGCAGUCUAGCUAAGGUCUAGUUGGGUCUAGCUUAAAAAUAAUGAUGUCAUGGGGCCUCCUGGGAAGAUUUUCCCUGCAGGGCCCCGUGAAUUCUCCUGGCUGCCCCGGGUGAUUUGAACAACUUUGCUUGCCCGACGGGGAGCCAUUUUGAUGUUGCAAGAUCACCCUGGGUGUGGACAUUUGAUUUUGAAUAUUUUUUAUUCACACACAAAUUGCGUGGGAACGAGUCUGUGUCACUGGCCUAUAACAACCUCGUACCCAGGGCUUCCGCACUUAGAUUGUUGCUAAUGGACUGCACUAGGCUGUUGCGGUAUUUGGAAAAAAAAGAAAGCCAAUACCGGAAAAAAAUACCGAUAAAAAUAAUACGUAACCGCUUUUUUCAUCCCAAAAUAUGUCGGAUGCGUGGAAUUUACAUGUACAGCUAAAGUUCUUUGCAUGGUUUUGAAUACUUUGGCAGGUUUGCUAGUUAUUGCUAGAAGGAAAAUGUAAGUACGCGAACAGCAAAUUUCCGCAUACCUACGUGGUACUUGCCUAAAAACAAAGAAGUACCAGACCAUAAAUUUGGCGUACCUCCGGUACGUUGGUACGCGAUUUAUCGCACCCUGCUGAUUAGGCCAAGUAAAAAAAAAACUUGGUUAGCGUCCUUUUUCCCUAAUUUUUUUGGGUAGGAGGGAAGGUUUUUUUUGCACCUAUAUAAAAUCAGCCUCGUUCCCAGGGAUAUAAAAUAUGAGCAUGUUUAAUAUAUCGAGGAUUUCUAGCAAUCAAUAUUGCAUAGAAGUGAUAGAACGAUAGUAGGGACUAUUUAAAAAUAUGUUAAAAUUUAAACGCAAAUAUAAAGUUUAACACAAAUUUGUAUUUGGUACAACAGUAUUUAGUAAUAACAGGUUUAUUUAUAUAAAAGUGGACAAUCAAUUCUUUUGGAAUAGAAGAUUUCUAAGCCUAAGGUACAGUAUUUGUAUAAAAAAAAAAUAAAAGAAAAGUUGGGUCGGAGCUUUUUCACUGGUCGGGCGGGACGCUAACCUGAAUAUUAUUCUUAAAUGUCAUAAUUGCAUUCUCCUUCAUUGUUGACUAUCAAAGCUUAAAUGGAUGUAUAAUUAUCGUUGUUACAGCUUUGAUGCAUAGGUAAUCAACAAAAAUUAUUUGGAUGAGGGGGGAGGAGGAUUGCUCCCCUCCCCCUCAUUAUUCGCCAUUUGUGGUGCACUACUCCCCCUGCUAUUCUAAAAAUCCCCCUUCAAAUGGUUGUGCAUAUUAAUGAAAAUAAAUUAAAUAUCCCCACCUACAUUUUACUUUCUAGGUUGUACUGUCUACGAUGUUGUCAUCAAUGAUAGCUUCCUUUCUAAAAUACAGCAGAACAAUUUCUUCAUGGGAUUUUUCAUGACAGUUGUAUAUGAAGGAAUUGAAAGUAAAUACAAUACAACUUUGUCUCGCGCUUGGGUGAUCCUAAAGAACAAGAAAUGUGUCGGUGACAUAAAUCGACAUAAAAUACGAAAAAGAAGCAAGCCAGUCAUUCAGGAAAUGGAUCAAGUUAGCGAGAUUGGAUUAAGUGAAGGUUAGUAAAUGUGUAUAUAGUUCAUGAAUCACGAUAUGUUUUGUGAUCUUGAAUUUACUGUAUAUCAUUUUUAUAAUGGCUGGUAGGACAAGCUUGUGAAUCGUAUCCAUUCUUGAAUGCAUUUAAUAUAAAAAAUCAUGAAUCACAUGUUAUAUUACAUACCCUGAGUGGCCAAUAUCUUACUCUGGCGAGCCCAUACUGGGCCCUAAUCUUGGUUUUGCACCCCACUGUAAUACGUAUAAAUAUACACUGGUGGAAGUUGUAUAUUGAACAUUGGGUUUUAAAGUAGUGUGAAUAAGAAUGUUGAUGGUAGGAAUAUGAAUAUUAAGAAUAGACCUAUCAAUAUUUGAAACAAUAAUUUGUGAAUAUGAAAUAUUGAUGGUAAGAAUAUGAUUUUUUUAAGGUAGGAAUAUUAAAUAUAAGAAAAAAUAUUCCACUUCCACUUUGACAUUCAAGUCAUCAAUUGAAGGCAAUGACAAAAUGAUAAUGAUAUCCCAUCGCAGCAGCUAUAUUAAUUUAAUUUGAUAAAUUCUUAGUAAGCAAAUUCAAGUGAGAGAGAGAAAGUAUGGGAAAGUAGGGCAGGGUAUUCACUAUAACGAUUGCAGCUUCAAUCACUUUGAGCACGUGUAUUAUCUGUCAGAGCUCAAAAUAACGGAAGAUAGGUCUCCGAUCAACUUAGCUAGGUCAAAAUAUGUUUUUGAUCGGUCAUUGAUACGCUUACACUAACAGUGAAACAUCAUGAUAGUUUCAUGUUUUAAUUCAAGACGUCAGCAAUCACGUUGGAAGGCAUGAUAAUGUGGCCGGCCAAAAUGACCGGUGAGGUAAAAAAGUGACCGGUCAAGAGGCAUUUUUGGCCGUUCAUUGUCUGUUGACCGGCCGUUAUUUUGAGCCCCGUCUGGGAAUUGUUUCUCUGUCUCGUUUACAUCCCCUGUCUCCGUUUGCUACCAAUGAUCAGUUCUACGAUAUUUCAACAAUACGACUACAAUAAAAUUGCAAUUGAAACGAGAAAAACCUCCACUAUAAAAUGGGCUUUUAAUUAAGUGUUACGUAUAGGAAACAUGUGACUGGGUACUUAUCCAACAAAAAGGCAGAGAGUAAGUGAGAAACUUCACAACAAAUCUUACUGCAGUAUAAAGAAUAAAUAGUGAAACAUGAUCAUGUACAAUGAACAUAAUUUCCUUCUGUAUUUACCUUAUUUAGUAUCGACUAGACAUCUUCCACCAGCACCAUCUAAAAUUGAAAGUGCACCUACUUGUCAACCUUCUUACAAGAUGUUACUGGAACCAUCAACAGGUGUUGCUGAAUAUGUCAUUGUGGAGGUUUCUUUACCUGGAGUGGUAAGAAUUAUGCCAUGUUUAAACUAGACAUGUAUGCUUCAUUUAUUUACCUCGCUCUGACAGUUGGGCUAUCGCGAAACGUCGAAGAUCUGUUUAAUUUUUGGGUAAUCUCCCUCACAGACACACCGCUGUUAUACUGUAUAUCUGUUAUCGUUGCUACCUACAAUGACACCGAACGUUCGAGUCUGUAAAGUAGUUAAGAUUUUGAUGCAAUAGGCUAGUGAUGGGCGAUACCCACUUCUUUAAUUCCAUACGAUAUUGCUUCGAUAUUUGUCUUGUUUUUCGAUAUCGAUAUUUCUGCGAUAUACGGAUAUACGUGGACAAAGUAUGAUAAAUCAUAGACCAGUAGGUGACUCUUUAGAAAAUGAAGUACAUAAAUACUUAAUUAAAAUUAUAUUAAAAUUGCAACCAACUCAGAUUUUAUUUCUAGUUUCAAAACACUAUGCUACGUUUUGUAUUGUACACACGAUUGGCACGGGUUCCGUAUUUGUAGCAUCCGCUGAUCAAAUGACGUAAAAUCACAGGCUCAGCAGUAUCGAAACAAUCGAUAUUUUUUGACAGUAUCGAAUACUUUUUUUUCAGAUCUUGGUAUCGACGGGAUCGAAUAUUCGGUAUCGGCCUAUCACUAAAAUAGGCCCCUGCAAAUACAGUUAAAAACAUUGAUUGUGUAGCGGUGUUCCAUUUUUAACUUUUAAGACCUGCGAGAGAAACUAAAAAGAUUUCCAACACGGUCGCACGCUAACAUGCAGUUCAUACUUCGUUUUAGUCUGCAUGAUAUAUGAGUAUUGGGAGCCUGGGUGUAGAGAUUUCUUCAUGGGAUGUGCUUUUGUAUUGUACUUUCGCACACUUGUUAUUACCUGUUUCACAGUUUCUGAAAAAGUCAUAUGCACGCUGAGCAAAUUUCAAUGAAAUAACGUCUAGAUAACGUCAAAUUUCAAUGAAAUAUAACGUCUAGACUUGUAUAGAUCAAAAUUUUGUUCAUUAUUUAGGUAAUAAGUCCAACACUACAAUCGACUCUAGUAUUCCUUAGUCCCAUCUCAUCCCAUCAGUCCAAUCACGUGUAAUGCCAAGUCAUGCCAGACUUAUUCCGACGAAAUUAUAUUUUUUAAUAACUUGGGCUUGGAAAGGUCAUAUGGUACCAACAAAAAAUUAAGUACGCAGAUAGCAAGAGUUCCGCAUACAUACUGUAAGUACCAGACCGUAAUAUUGGCGUAAGUACGCAACUUUUCGCACCCUGAGUAAAUCCAUUCGGAAAAGUCUAUCUGUAUAAUAUUCUUGGACCACUAUAUAUAGUACACUAAUGAUAUAUGAUGUUUCGUUUGUAGAAAUCUAUGAGCGGUACAAUAUUAGACGUUGGGGAUGAUCGUCUUAUUCUUGAUGUUCCUGAAAAGAAUUACCAUCUUGAUUUAACUUUCCCUCACCUUGUGGAUUACGAAUCUGGUGGUGCGCAAUAUAACAGGAAAACUAAGGUAUGUACAUGCAUGUAGACUAAUUUUGAUUUAUCAAAUUUUGAAAUACUGUAACACUCCUUCUGAAUAUUGCUGCAAGUAUUUCGACUCCAUUUGGGCAUCACGAAUUAGUAAAAGUUUAAAAUCUCUGAAGCCGUACUCAACAUCGCGCCAGGUGCCUUCGACACAAUGAAAUUCUUGGGUGGUGACCAAAAAUAUGAUCAAUAUAAUUCCUAACCAGCGCUAUCAUUCUCAACACAUUGUUAAAUCCCUAAUUGUCUUCCAGCAACAGCUUGUUGCGAUCUGAAAAGUUUUAGUUAGAAUCGUCGCCAACCACAAUGCAUUGCGAGCUUUUGUUUACGUUGUCAUUCUUAGACGUCCAUUUUCGUGGCCGUGAAAGUAACAAAACGGAGUGGGAACUAAGUGGUGUUAAAAUCUUGAAAGAUAUCUCGCAUAUUUUUUUAUAUAUUCCUAGUUAUUUUACUUACACAGUAAAACUCCGCGUAUAAGAACCUAGAUUUUUCAAGUCAGCCUAAACAGGUUCUUAUAAUAAAUGGUGUUUAUCGUGAAAUUAAUUAGGCUAAACAGGUUCUUAAAUAUAGGUUCUUAUUUUCUAAAGAAAAAGCGACUCAAUUUCGGUUGGUGUAGGUACAGAAUACAGUAUUUUUGAUGAUGUGUUCAAACAGACAUGCUGUUUAUUGUGAUGACAUAUCCAGGACUCGGACUUCUGGGUCAUUUUCAUUACUUUGUGAACAGUUUAUUUUCUUUGAUUUAUAAAUUUUUAGUAUCAACCCUUGGAGUGAUAAAAAUAAAAUAAGAACCUGUUUGAAAUUUUGCCUAAACAGAUUCUUAUAUAAAGGAGGUCUUAAUAAGAAAUUUUAGCCUAAUAGGUUCUUAAAAUCUAGAUUCUUAUACACAGAUCGUUAAGCAUAUUUCAACAAGCUUCCAUUCCAAUUGCAUGUAUAACACUCAUACUUAAGCCGAAAAUGAGAAUGCGUCGUUGAGUUUACUGCAUUGUAAAUCUUAUAAACUCUCUUACUAUUACCAAAAACCUGGAUGCUUCCGUUCUCACCCGAAAAAAAUAGUGUCUCAAAAUGUGGCUACAUCCUACGCCGAUUAUUGCUGAAAUGUAAGAUUAAUAUUGACAUUUCUGUAGCGCAAAUUUACAUGUGGAUCAGGAUAUGAUCAAAUGCGCUUUACAUCAAGUAUUAUUAUUUAACAGUUAUUCUGCGAACUCGAGUCGAAUAUGAGCUGAUAGCCGAUGAGGCGCGUGGCGCCGAAUCGGCUAUCGCUCAUGUUCGACGAGAGUGAGUGGAAUAACUGUUUUUAAUUAUUAUAUACACAAGGUCUAAAUUCACAGACUUUGCUUUUCGGAUAUUUUCAAUAUUUUUCCAUUUUGUUUAUGUUUUUAUCUUCGCGCUCUUUCGGUCGAUUAUUUUUUCAAAAAUAUAUGUUUUUAACCAUUUUAAAUUUUAAAAAUUUAUUUGCUAACCUGAAAACAAAUUGUGGGAGUUUUUUCAUUGUGUUUUUAAUCCUGUAAAGGUUAUAAAAAGCGACAACUUGCCGUUUUCUCGUUUGCAAAACAUCGUAAAUUCAGUUUGGCCGCCAUUUUGUUUUUCUCUACUAGCAGGAUAUGAGCUAAUAUCCUGCUAGUAGAGAACCAAUCAGAUUGCAGAAUACCUCCUAUCCAGACCUUGUGUAUAUAAUAAAUAUCAAUAGUCAAAGUCGCAUUUUUCUAGUGUUUUAUUGGUUGAGAGCAUAUCACGUGAGAGUGACGAAAUUAGGCUGUCUCCCUUGCAACAGCGCGAGAGGGAGAUAAUACGUUAGUUAACCGGCGAAUAACAAAAAAUAUCACGUGCGCCAUCACGUGAAGAUGCGACCUUUGGUUUGGACAUGCCUAGUACGUAAUUAAAACUUUCGCUUUAAGUAACUGCAGUGUAACGUUUUAACAAUAAAAUAUUUCAUGUAUUUACGUUCAUUUGUUCUUUAAUUUGUUGUUUCUUUGACUGUCUAUUGAUAUAUAAUAAAACACUUAUUUACUGAGACCUCGGGAAAGCAGUGUGUUUUGUGGACCCUCGACCGUCGAUGUCGACGGUCUCGGGUCCACAAAACACACUGUUUCCUUCGGUCUCAGUAAAUAAGUGUUAAUUAUACGCUUACCUAAUUACAUACUCAGCCUAGACUAUUUCACAACAAUUGCGAUAUUACUUUCUUAACUGUGUUUAUCCUAACCCACACUGUCAACUUUCCUGUGAGAGGAAACCGGAGUACCUGGAGAAAACGACUUUCGGCAGAGUGUUGACUGACUCUUUUCGCACGAGUCCGUCCGAGAAUCGAACCCACGAUCUCAGAGGUGAAAGGCGCUUGCUCGGACCACUGUGUCACCGAAGGCCCACUAUAGAGAUCAAAAGCUCGGUAACUGUCUCUCUCUCUCUCUGUAGCUCAGUUGGUUAGAGCGCUGCACCGGAAUUGCAAGCCCGCAGGUUGAACUAAUAAAUGUAUAACAAUUAGAACUAAUAAAUGUAUAACAAUUCGACUCGAAAUUUCCAUUUACAAAUCCCUUCAACAAUUAGUUAUAUCGAGAAAUGCCCAAAAAUCGUGAUAUAAAACUAUUAUUAGCUACAGUAAUCUCAUCAUAAUUUCACGCCGACCAAUCACACGUUUUCAUUCCCAAUAUGUCGAUUUCACGACGUUAGGGAUGUAUAGUCGCAUUUCUGAAUGACAUGAGAGAAAGUAUAUCCAUAGUUUUUGGUAAGAAUAAUUCUACGUUCACUUUUGAGAACUAUACAAACAAUGCUAUUAUUGCAUGCUGUGGUCUGCUGACAUCUUUAUAAAUGUAUGUAUGGAUUGGUAUAACUUGUUAUAGUGUAUUCAUAUUUUGAAUUGCUCAAAGUACUUGUCAUUUAAAUUAAAGACCUUGGUUUGAUUUCCAGUUAAAUUAAUUUUCCAUCCUGUUUCGACUCUGUCAUUUCGGCUUUAUUAAUCUGGACACCCCCAAGUUAUUAUCUUUUCUAUAGUAGUUUUUCAGUAUCUUCUUCCUUUUUGUAUUUGUUCGUGACUUCGUGUAUUUUUUGCUUUAGUACAGCAUAUUAAAAAUUGAAAAAAUGUAUCUUCAAAACAUAGAAUUUACCUGGUAUGCAAAAUUUCUACGGACUGUGAUCAGAGAAACUUUGCUAGUGUAAGCCAGGCUUUAGUAAUGGUAUUAUGUAUUUUUUACAUUGUAGAUCUGUAACACCUGCAUGUAGAUAGGGGGAGUGAUCCUAUAACUGUUGAAUAACACACGUCUUUCUAUUUCAGAUGCUGACAGUUACUAUUCCUGUAAAGAAGAUCUCGUAAGAACAACAUAGGUAACCCAUGCGUAUACAUUAUGCAUAUACCAGUCAAAGCUCAUUCUGUCGCGUUGUUCCUAGCAAAAAUACGUCAGUAUGAAAUCUCUGUGGGCGUUUGAGUCGCCAACAACCUACAGUGUCUGAACAGCUUUUAUAUCUAUGAAAUACAAUGAAACUAAAGAACAUAAACGUUCUAAAGAACAAGUCACAAAAAAUGAUCACUUCUGUUUGAGCAACGCAGGUACAAAAUAUAAUCCUUGCAAUUUUUGCUGCGAUUUAAGGUGCGAUGUUCUUCUUCUGGUGGAUGUGAAUGAGUGGAUAACUCACUGAAUGUUCAUAGGAGGGUUCAUAUUAUACUCAUUUAUUCAUGACUCAGCUUACACAUACAUAUUCACAUGCAUCAGAAGAAGAAAAUCGGACUAGAAAUCGUAGCAAAAAUUGCAAGACUAUAACAUAUAGAGAAUGUGCCGCGGGGCGAUUGUAAUACCCCCCUCAUCUUCUCCCCCCCCCCCAAUGUGCAUCUGUCUAAUGGUAUCGUAGGUAUAUGAAACACGAUUUCAUGUAUCCCAGCCCCGCUAACCCGAACUGGCCGCCUGAUAGUUUCAUAUGACCCCGGUAAUGUGAUAUGUGGCGAUCACGACACACAUGUGAGUAUAAUCCAGAAAAAAUAUAAAACAAGAUAAUCCUUGACCUGGUACUAGCAAACCAGCCUGACUUGUACCAUAUGAAAAGCCUUUUGUGAAAGGGAGUUUGUAAGAUAUUUCCCUUCACUGGUUCAAUGACAACGUCGUUAUAAAAAUUCAUUAAGAAAGCACAUACAAUAACAAAUCAACAUUUACUAAGAUGGAAAGUGAACAACUAAUUUAUCGCAUAAUUUUUAUAUUAUUUAAAAUAUAUAGACGUAUUAAUUUAAUUAAAAAUAUGUACAAUAUUUUUAUUAUUUAUCAAUUAUAAAAAUUGUUACAUAUGGUGACCAAUUAAUGGUGACCAGCUAUUAAUAGAAUUGUUAUUUUAUAUUCUUUAUUAUAUUCUCCAGUUAUUCAUAUUCUUUUGUGUUGCAGUACAUGUAUAUACUUUGCCAUAAUAUGGUUUGACUUGAAUGUUUCUAAUGUAAUGUAUAAGAGAAGAAAAACUUGAUUACUGGUGGCCCAGUAGUUUACAUAAUGGCCCUUUUAAGAUAAAUAAAUAUUAAAUAAAUACUAAUUUUUGAAGUAUUAGAAUGUUCUAAUUGUCCAUUCUGUACGUGUACUGUUGUAAGUACUGUACAUUUAAUGAGAAUUGUUCAAUUUGUAGCUUACCACAGGCAGUUUUCGGAAGGGUUUGAAAAGCCUGUACAGAUUUUCUCGCAUACACCAAUAUAGUGCACCAUAAUGAAUAAAUGAAGCCUUUAGGUUGAUUGAUGUCAACGUUACAGAUUUAAAAAUUUGUGGUAAAAUACAGCUGACAGUGUCCUUUUGGAUUUAUUGAUUCCAACAUCACUAACUACUACGAGUACGGGCGAACAUUCCAUCGGAUGAAUCACAAAUCAUACUACUAGUCUGGGUGCAAAUUUCGUUUCGGUUACGUAGAUGUUAUGCCUGAUUCACACUGGUCGUAAGAAUCGGGGAUUUUACCUGUGGUCAUUGGUGUGUAAAAUGCUUUGUCUAUCGUAAAAGAAUACAAUAGAUCGCCGAUGAAAUACGACCAGUGUGAACCAGGCUUUAAGGAUGCUAACGUAUAUACAGUAUUUGUAAUCGCUUUCGUUUAGAUUUAACUUCGAUCAGCCUCGCCUUUCGCUCUGUCUAACACGCGGGAAACCAACUUUCUUGCUUCACUCUCGUUCAUACUAUAGUUCUUAAAGUCUUCUUCAGUUUUAGAUUCCCACGAUCUACCAGGCGAAAUAUCACUGUGGCUUGAGGCGUUCACACUUUUUUCCGGACUUGGUGUAUGUACGUUAUCAGUAGUUGUACGUGGUGUAGUGUUUUCGCCAGGAGGAGCAUUCCUGCUUGACGUCUGUCCAGUUUUGUCUGUUAUUGUAUCACUUUUAGCUCCACCUGGAGAUUUUCUCGCACGAGAAUAUAAAUUCGACGGCCUUGGUGGCUGUUGUUCAAAAUACAUUCCUCGAGUUGCUUUUCUGGGACCAAUCGGUCGCUGUGGUCUGUGAGGUGUUCCAGUAAACGAUGUCUCCUGCAAUCUUAAAGGUAGCUGUUGUUCUAAUGUUACAGGAGCAUGUGUUAUUACGUAUCCUGUUGUUGGGGGUUGAUAGUAACGUGGUUCACCGUAUUCUGGAACGUAGGGGUCGUAAAAUUCUUC